GCGCGCGGGGGCCCGGCCACUCGGAGCAGCUCCGCCGCGGGGACUGCACCGCCGCCCUGCCGGACCCGCCCCGACCGGGGCUCGCCGCCUGCAGCAGCCGCAGCACCGCGACCUGGGGCCCCGCGCGGGCUAUGGCUGUGCCCGGGGGCUGAGCGCGCAGGCUGUGUGACCGAGAUUCCCGACGAGAGAGACUGAGAAGAGAGGAAGGAGGGGCGGGCUCCUGGCAAGGCAUCCGCUCCUGAACUGAGUCCUGCAAAAGAUGGAGAAGGAAGAGGACACGACCCGGGAGCUGCUGCUGCCCAACUGGCAGGGCAGCGGCUCCCACGGGCUGACCAUCGCCCAGAGGGACGACGGCGUCUUUGUGCAGGAGGUGAUGCAGAACUCCCCUGCGGCCCGCACUGGGGUGGUCAGAGAGGGGGACCAGAUUGUGGGUGCCACCAUCUACUUUGACAACCUGCAGUCAGGCGAGGUGACCCAGCUGCUGAACACCAUGGGGCACCACACCGUGGGCCUGAAGCUGCAUCGCAAGGGGGACCGCUCCCCUGAGCCUGGCCAGACGUGGGCCCACGAAGUCUUCAGCUCCCGAAGCUCCGAGGUGGUUCUGAGCGGGGAUGAUGAAGACUACCAGCGCAUCUACACCACGAAGAUCAAGCCUCGGCUGAGGUCAGAGGAUGGACUAGAAGGGGAUCCUGGGGAGACCCAGAGCCGCACCAUCACGGUGACUAGAAGGGUCACGGCCUACACUGUCGAUGUGACAGGCCGCGAAGGAGCCAGGGAGAUCGAUAUCAGCAGCCCAGAGUUCAAGAUCAAGAUUCCACGGCACGAACUGACGGAAAUCUCCACUGUGGAUGUGGACACCCACUCUGGCCAGACAGUGAUCAGACUGCCCUCGGGCCCGGGGGCAGUGUCUCCUACCACAGGCUCAGUUGCGGACAUCCGAGCGGGGUCCGUUUCCGCUUCAGGACCAGAGCUCCAAGGUGCUGGCCACUCGAAGCUCCAGGUCACCGUGCCUGGGAUAAAGGUGGGGAGCCCAGGUGUCAAUGUCAGUGCAAAAGGCUUGAACUUGGGUGGCAAAAGAGGGGUCCAAGUUCCAGGAGUGGACAUUUCGUCUUCUCUUGGGGGUGGGGCAGUGGAGGUGCAGGACCCGUCUCUGGAGAGUGGCAAUAAUGGGAAAAUUAAAAUUCCCACUAUGAAGGUGCCAAAAUUCAGUGUCUCAACAGCACCUGAGGGCCAGGCACCAGUGGCAGGGUUGAGCAUUUCUGUACCUGAAUUCUCUGUGGAGCACAAGGGUGGCAAGCCAGGCCUGACCAUUGGCGGGAACAUCCAGACCCCUCAGCUAGAAGUCAGUGCUCCUUCUGCCAAUAUUGAGGGGUACCAGGGGAAGCUGAAGGGCCCCCAGAUCACUGGGCCAUCCCUUGAGAGUAACCUAGGCCUGAAAGGUGCCAAGCCACAGGGGAGCAUAGGGGUGGACAUCUCAGGGCCCCAAAUCGAGGGCACUCUCAGCGGCUCCAAUGUGGAAGUUCAAGCCCCUGACAUUGAUAUUCAUGGUCCUGGGGGCAAACUGAAUAUGCCCAAGGUGAAAGUUCCCAAAUUCUCUGCAUCAGGUUCUAAGGGAGGGGGAGCUGCCAUUGAUGUGGCACUGCCCACAGGUGAAGUGACUCUUCCUGGGAUGUCUGGGGACGUCAGCCUGCCUGAAGUUGCUGCUGGGGGGCUGGAAGGGCAGGUGAAGGGUACGAAAGUCAAGACUCCUGAAACGAGCAUACAGAAACCUAAAAUCUCCAUGCAGGAUGUGGAUCUGAGCCUUGGAUCCCCUAAACUGAAGGGAGAUAUUAAGGUUUCAGUGCCUGGGGUGCAAGGUGAUGUUAAAGGCCCUCAAGUGGCAGUUAAGGGCUCCAAAGUGGACAUAGAGACACCUAGCCUUGAGGGGACCCUGACGGGACCCACGCUUAGUAGUCCUUCUGGGAAAACAGGAACGUGCAGGAUCUCUAUGACAGAUGUAGAUCUCAAUGUGGCUGCACCUAAAGUGAAAGGGGGUGUAGAUGUCACACUCCCCAAAGUAGAAGGGAAAGCCAAAGUCCCUGAAGUGGAUGUCAAAGACCCCAAAGUGGAUGUCAGUGCCCCAGGUGUGGAAGUUCAUGGCCCAGAAUGGAACCUGAAAAUGCCCAAGUUUAGCCCUCCAGGAGUUGAAGGGGAAGGCCCAGAUGUAGAUGUGAAACUACCCAAAGAUGUCAGUAUUUUGGGGCCCAAGGUCAAUGUGGAGGCCCCAAAUGUCAACAUAGGGGGUCUGGGAGGCAAACUUAAAGGCCCUGAUAUUAAGCUGCCUGAAGUGAGUGUCAAGACACCAAAGAUCUCCAUACCUGAUGUCGAUUUGCAUGUUAAAGGCACAAAGGUAAAAGGAGAAUAUGAUGUAACAGCCCCAAAACUUGAAGGGGAACUGAAAGGCCCCAAAGUGGACCUUGAUGCCCCAGAUGUGGAUGUUCAGGGCCCAGACUGGCAUCUGAAGAUGCCCAAGAUGAAAAUGCCCAAAAUCAGUGUGCCAGGGCUCAAAGCAGAGGGCCCAGAAGUGGAUGUGAACCUGCCAAAGGCUGACAUUGAUAUUUCUGGCCUCAAAGUGGACAUUGAUGCCCCGGAUGUGAAUAUUGAAGGUCCAGAUGCGAAAUUGAAGGGUCCCAAGUUCAAGAUGCCAGAGAUAAAUAUCAAAGCUCCCAAAAUCUCCAUGCCUGAUGUUGACCUGGAUUUGAAAGGAUCCAAAGUCAAAGGAGAUUUUGAUGUGUCCGUCCCUAAGAUUGAAGGUACUUUCAAAGGCCCAGAAGUAGACCUUAAAGGUUCAGGUCUGGAUUUUGAAGGCCUGGAUGCCAGGUUCAGUGGCCCAAAUUUGAAGAUGCCGUCGCUGGAUAUAUCUGCCCCUAAAGUAACUGUUCCUGAUGUUGAUUUGCAUUUCAAGGCACCCAAAAUUGGGGUUUCCGGUCCCAAGUUGGAAGGUGCUGAACUGGACCUCAAAGGGCCCAAAGUUGAUUUAGAAGCUCCAAGCUUAGAUGUACACACGGAGAGCCCAGAUAUUAAUAUUGAGGGGCCAGACAUUAGAAUUCCCAAAUUUAGGAAACCCAAGUUUGGUUUUGGGGCAAAAAGCCCUAAAGCUGACUUUAAGUCACCUUCCCUGGAUGUGACCAUUCCUGAGGCAGAGCUGAAUGUUGAGACUCCUGAAAUUAGUGUUGGUGGCAAGGGCAAGAAGAGUAAGUUUAAAAUGCCAAGAAUUCACAUGAGUGGCCCUAAAAUGAAGGCCAAAAAACAGGGAUUUGACUUGAAUGUUCCCGGGAACGAAAUUGAUGCCAGUCUCAAGCCUCCUGAUGUAGAUGUCAAUGUUGCCGGGCCAGACGCCACACUUAAAGCUGAUGUGAAAUCCCCCAAAACCAAGAAACCUAUGUUUGGGAAAAUGUACUUUCCAGAUGUAGAAUUUGACAUUAAAUCACCUAAAUUCAAAGCUGAGGCCCCCCUCCCUAGCCCCAAACUGGAGGGUGAAAUCCAGGCACCUGAUGUGGAUAUUUCUUCUCCUGGGAUUCAUGUGGAAGGUCCCGAUAUCAAGCUGAAGGCUCCCAAGAUCAAGCUGCCUGGUAUGGAUGUCUCAGGGGGAAAAAUAGAGGGUGACUUGAAAGGCCCCAGGGUGCAGGCGAACUUGGACGCACCUGACAUCAACAUUGAAGGCCCAGAUGCUAAAGUCAAAGCCCCGUCGUUCGGCAUUUCUGGCCCUCAGGUCUCCAUCCCCGAUGUGAACGUUAGCUUGAAAGGACCAAAGAUAAAGGGUGAUGUCCCCAUUGUGGGACUGGAAGGACCAGACGUAGAUCUGCAAGGUCCAGAAUCAAAGAUCAAAUUCCCCAAGUUUUCAAUGCCCAAGAUCAGCGUCCCUGGUGUGAAGAUGGAAGGGGUAGGAGCUGAGGUCCAUGCCCAGCUGCCCUCUCUCGGAGGAGGCUUGAGUGCACCUGAUGUUAAGCUUGAAGGGCCGGAUGUGUCUCUGAAAGGGCCAAGAGUAGACUUGCCUUCAGUGAACCUCUCUAUGCCAAAAGCCUCUGGACCUGACCUUGACCUGAACUUGAAAGGACCAAGUUUGAAGGGAGACCUGGAUGCCUCUGUUCCCGGUGUGAAGGUGCACUCCCCAGGGCUUGACCUCAGAGGUCAAGGUGGAAAGGUGAGGACGGAAGGAGACAGUGUGAAAGUGCCUGGGAUCGACGCCACGCUAAACCUGGGCACCCCAGAUGUGACCCUGAAAGGACCAAGCCUGCAGGGAGACCUGGCUGUCUCUGGUGACAUCAAAUGCCCUAAAGUAUCAGUAGGUGCUCCUGAUCUAAGCUUGGAGGCCCCUGAAGGUGGCAUUAAACUUCCCCAAAUGAAGCUGCCCCAGUUUGGCAUCUCAACUUCAGGGUCCGACUUGGACAUGAACGUCAAAGGGCCACAAGUGACUGGAGAACUACAGGCCCCAGGCAUCGGUGUGAACCUCGGAGGCCUGAACCUGAAAGGGCCUCAUAUCUCUGGCCCUCAAAUCUCAGCACCAGACAUGGACCUGAACUUGGAAGGACCAAAAAUAAAAGGGAGCCUCGGGGCCACUGGUGAAAUGAAAGGCCCCACUGUUGGAGGAGGUCUUCCGGGCAUCAGUGUUCAAGGCCUUGAAGGAAACGUCCAGAUGCCUGGAAUUAAGUCCUCUGGAUAUGGUGUGGAGCUGCCAGGCGUGAGUGUGAAACUCCCAACGGGGCAAAUUUCUGGUCCUGCAAUCAAAGGCGAUCUGAAAGGUUCAGGAAUAGGUUUCCAUGGGGCUGCUCCCGACAUUAGCGUCAAGGGGCCUUCACUUAAUGUGGCCUCUCCUGAGUCAGAUUUCGGUGUCAGCUUGAAGGGCCCGAAAAUCAAAGGAGGUGUGGAUGUUUCAGGGGGUGUCAGCGCCCCAGCUGUCAGCCUGGGCGAAGGGAACGUGAGCGUCAAAGGACCCCAGGCCUCCUCCACUCUCAACUUGGAUGCACCUAAGUUUGCUGGGGGACUUCAUUUCUCAGGACCAAAGGUAGAAGGAGGUGUGAAAGGAGGCCAGGUUGGACUCCAGGGUCCUGGGCUGAGUGUGUCUGGGUCUCCAGGUCACUUGGAAAGCAGAUCUGGAAAAGUAACAUUCCCCAAGAUGAAGAUCCCCAAAUUCACCUUCUCUGGCCGUGAGCUGGUUGGCAGAGAAGUGGGGGUAGAUAUUAACUUCCCUAAAGCGGAGACCACUGUCCAGGCUGGGGCCGGAGAGGGAGAGUGGGAAGAGUCUGACGUAAAACUUAAGAAAUCCAAAAUCAAAAUGCCCAAGUUCAAUUUUUCCAAACCUAAAGGGAAAGGUGGUGUCACGGGCUCCCCGGAAGCAUCCAUUUCAGGGUCCAAAGGCGACCUGAAGAGCUCGAAGGCCAGCCUGGGUUCUCUGGAAGGAGAUGCUGAGGCUGACACGUCAUCACCCAAAGGCAAAUUCUCCUUAUUUAAAAGUAAGAAGCCCCGGCACCGCUCAAAUUCCUUCAGCGACGAACGGGAGCUCUCGGCGCCUUCCACCCCGACGGGGACUUUGGAGUUUGAAGGUGGGGAAGUGUCACUGGAAGGCGGGAAAGUCAAAGGGAAACACGGAAAGCUGAAAUUUGGUACCUUUGGUGGAUUGGGGUCAAAGAGCAAAGGUCAUUAUGAGGUGACUGGGAGCGAUGACGAGACAGGCAAGUUACAGGGAAGUGGAGUGUCCUUGGCCUCUAAGAAGUCCCGACUGUCUUCUUCUUCCAGCAAUGACAGUGGGUCUAAGGUUGGCAUCCAGCUUCCCGAGGUGGAGCUGGUGGUUUCCAAGAAAGAGUAGCAGGCCUCUAUGUGUGUGUACAUAUAUGUAUAAAAAUACACCAGCCUUGGGUGUGUUUGUAUAUAAACUCCAGAGAGAAACAUGCCGACAGCCUCAGCGUAAUGCAGAGAUCUGGCCUCUGCCCGUGCCAAGUGCUGAAAAAGCCAACCAGCCGCCUUAGUUCCCCCGGCCCGGAGCUUUACAGAUACAGGAACUAAGGGUUCCAAGUUCGUCCAGCCCAUGUGCAGAGCCAACAGUAUUUGCCUUGAGAUCACAGUUUUGUUUUGUUUUGUUUUGUUUUGCAUUGAAUGCUGAGAGCUCCUGUUUACUAAGCAAGCUUUUGUGUUUAUUAUCCUCAUUUUUACUGAACAUUGUUAGUGUCGGGGUAAUGGAAACCCACUUUUUCAUUGUAAUGACUUUGGGGGCUUUUGUUAGUAAGGGUGGGGUGGGGUAGAAGGCAGUAGAGGGGGCCAGACCUCCAUUUCUCCUAAGAUUGGAUCUGUUCAAACAGGGAACACCCAGGGAGGGCCGAGAGGAGCCGCCAGGCAGGGCGCAUGGGUGUCUUUAGGUCUCUUUAGCAUUGCUUUUUUCCCCCAGGGGUGGCGGUCCUAGCCAGUUUGGUGUUCACGGUGAGACGGAAUUAGAAUCUGUUUGCAAAUUGGCCGAUGUCCCCCCAGCUCAACACGUUCUGUGCAUUGUGGGAGAAAUGUUUCCUUCAUGGCCGCCACAUUCCUGAGACUAGUUCUGAUUUCUUUUAAUAAAUGUUACCGUGAUUAAGAAAAUUUCCCGCACUUUAAUGGCAAAUUAAUUGAGAAUGUAAGAAAAUCGAUGCUGUCAAAGGCAAAUAAAGCUGUUUAUUAACCCUGA